AUGCGUUUCAAAAAACAUCGUCUUCUCUCGGUUAUUGCUGCAGCUCUAAUAUUUUUGUUCAUUUUAAUUCUCAAUGAAGUCUAUUAUGACAGUUCAGAGGUACUUAUUGAUGAAAAAUGGGAGCAAAUUAUAGAUAAAAGACAGCGAGAAAUAAACGAAUCAGUGGGAUGUCAUGAUUUUCUACAAAAGUUACAAGGAAAAGUGUCAGUUUCAGUUUUACUGAUUGACAUGGACAUCCUUGAAAUAAUUGGACAAAACAGAUGUAAUCAACUGAAAAUGUAUGAGACUCCAAUACAGGUGGCAACCAACUCUCGAAAAGAUCUGAAUUUCAUCCAUCGUAACUUAUUCGAACCAUUCUUUUUUGAGAGUAAUGAACAGAAAGAUUACUUGGAAUUUGACACGAAACCGAGAAGAAUUAUUCCCAAAAAUUUUGAAACAAUGAAAUUUGGAAAUAUUGCAGUACCGAUGAAACCAUUUCGAUUCAGAAAAUAUUGGGAGAAGUCGAGACUUAUCGAAUGUUCGAAUACUACAAUGAAUCGAAAUGAAAUUGAGAAGAAAAGAAGAAUAAACCUUCAGUCAUCCGUUUCCGAAAUGUCCAGGCUUCGAGAUCUACUGAUUCAAUACGAUAUGUAUCCCUUUAUUGUCGAAGAAACACUUCUUGGAUGGUACCGCGAGUGUUCUAUCAUUCCACAUACUCAGGAUAUUGAUUUCGCUAUAAUGGCAACUGAAUUCAAUUCGAAAUUUGUUAACGAUAUGAGAGAAGGAAGGACUAAUUUCAAGCUGACAAGACGACUGGGAGGGCUGGAUUCUCUCGAAUUAACAGUGACUCCAAGACAUGGAUACAAACUCAACACGAACGUGUUUUUCAUGUAUCGAUACAAGAAUGAGACAGGAGGGAAUGAGUUCAACUGGAUUUCUGGGUUGUGUGGUGACGGAGAAAAAAUCCGCUAUAACUUUCCACUAUUCGAACCAAUCUGUUCAGCCGAUUUUCACGAUCACUUGGUGUGGGUAACCUGUGAUCCAAAAAAAGCAAUAAUUCACGAAUACGGAGAGAAAUGGUAUGAAAACGUGCCAACUAAAAACUACAGUUGCUAUGAAUCAGUCAAUAAUGUGGAGAGAAAUGUUGGAUGGUAUUCGAGUUGGGAAUUGAGAAAAGUCACAUUCGAAGAUGGGUAUGAAUAUCAUUGA